GUACUUGAUUGGCUAGCUGAGCUCUAAUUCAAAACAUCGUCCGUCUCCAUCUAGUUGGAAAACCCGGAUUGUUAACCGGCUUCACUUGAAUUGAACCGGCCAAUCAUUUCGGUUAUUUCCCGAACCAAAGUUCCCACUCCUUGUUACUUAAAUUCGAAGUCUCUCUAUCAAAUAGAAACUUUCUCAUUCUCUUUUACUGAUCGAUCUCAAAGCGUCUUGGACACUACCAGUACCAACUUUUCUGGGUUUGACAAAGAUAGUGGUUUUUUCUUUUAUUUGGGACAAACGAGAAAGAUAGUGGCUUUUCUUGUUGUUUUUCAACAAAAAAAAAUGGCUAAAACGGAAACAAUUAUAUCUUUGUAUGCUCAAUUUCUCUAAAGCUUAAGAACAAACCACUCUCUAUUCCUUCGAGUUCUUCAUAAGACCUUUUCAGCUCCAACUUUGUUCUCCCAGUUACGAUUUUGAAACUGCAGCAGUAAGAUUAUGUCUUCUUCAUCAACAUCGUCGAUAAUGCCAGACUGGUCUCAGCUCCCUGAAGAGCUAUUGCCUCUCAUCUCGAAGCAUCUAGAGGAGAACUGUUUCGAUGUAAUUCAUGCUCGCUCUGUUUGCAGCUUGUGGCGAUCCAUAUUUCCCUUUCCUUCUUCCCUACUACGCCCAAGUUACUCUCUUCCCGAGUACUCGCUACACAGAGAUCUUAAAGAAAUGAUCACCCUCGAGAAGGUACCUUUGUUCCUCUUUAGAGUCCUAACUCCUUGUGUUGCUGAUGAUGUGUCGACUUCAGAGUAUUAUCUGGGAGGAAUAGGCCGACAUGAGUCAGAGGAGGAUCAUAUGGAGCUUCCAUCUCCUCUUCAGUGCUCAGUGAAAGUCAAGAUUCCAGGAACUGUGCCAACUUUGAUGAACAUGAUCGACUGCCAGAUCAUCCCUCUGGGACAUGAGUACAGAAUGAUGGGUCGGCCUCUUAGUUGCGUGGCUUUUCUUCCGCUAGACAAGGAGCGAGGAGGAGGAGCAUUCGUUGUGCUUGUCACAUACCGUCUCUGUUUGUUGGUGUUAACAAGUGCUGAAAUGAGGUGGAAGCGGCUUAGUAACAUCCGAGGUGCUUCAUCCUGGGAUGUAGUCACUUUUAGAGGCAGGUUUUAUGCAUCUCGUUCUUCCUGUACUACUUUCGUCAUCGAUCCUUAUUCGCUUGAGGUGACUCUUCUGUCUCCCGUACACUUACGCGUGCCUCAUGAAAUAUACUAUCUGGUUCCAUGUGGCGAUGAUGAACUUUUCCUAGUUGAGGGAACCUACCCAGCUGUUGAUGGAUUAGAUUUAGAUAUUAGUCAGUUAACAUUUAGAGUAAGGAGGCUUGAUGAGGAGGCAUGUACAUGGGUUGAGGUCAAUAAUCUGGGAGACCGUGUCUUGUUUAUUGGUGGACGCUCGAGAAAAUUCUCUAUCUCAGCUAAGGAGCUUCCUCAUGGUUGUGGUUUAACUGGCAACUCGAUUUUGUUCACCCAUCUGCGAGGCAAUGUAACUUUCGCCUUUAAAUAUGGAGUACAUGCAGGAAACGCGGUAGACAAUCUCAAUUGUUGGAGAUCCUCAAGGGAGAAUCGUGUGAUGAUCCUCAAAAAAUUUGCUCCGGUCGUGGCCUUCCAGGUUGAACGCUAGGCUGUAAAUUCUCUCUUUGGAUACCUGUUAUUCCGCUUUAAUUAGAUGGAAAGACUAUGUUUUCCUUUGAUUCUGUAGUAUCCGAUGUUAGCCAUUCGUACUGGAGACUAUAUAAAUGGUAGUAGUUGUUUAAUAUUUAGUUUGUUUUAA